AAAUAUUGGCAUUUAGCAUUUAUGCUGCCCAACUUUUAGUGACUCAGCCAAAUUGCUAAAAGCUGUGUGGUGUAGACAAAGCCGGAGAUCUCAGCUUUAAGGAAGGCGGUGUGCAGACAAUGUUGACCUGCUGCUGUCUGUGUCUAAAGCAGGAGAUGUUCUAUUCCCGUCGCCAUCCUGGCCAGGUUUCCUUUGUGAUGUUGGGCAAGUCACCUAAUCUCUCUGCUACCGUUCCUCCUUGUAAAGUGAGAUUAAUACCAUCUCAGAGAGGCAUUAAGCAAAAUUAAAUGUGUAGCACUUGAAGAUCACAUAGUUUAUUAGGUAGCUGUUAGAGCAGGCAUGUUUGCUGUUGGAAAUGGGGAGGUAAACAAAGGGAAUGAGGAAAGGAUGCGGUUCCAGAGCUUGGAAUGCUCUGUCAUUCUGACAAGCUUACUGUGUCCAGCAGCAAGUCAAAGCCUGCUUUAUGGGGUUUGUUUUUUCCAGGAGUGAAGAUUUGGGACUCUGCCUGGCUUGCUGGCGGUUUGAUAGAGCUCAAAGCUUUGUACCUCUUAAGUCAGAAAUUUGACUCCGGCUCAGUUUGACAAAGUCAGGGUGUUGGCAACUUGUAUGAAAUGAUGUUCUGUGUCAUAUUCCAGUUCCCAGGAGGCAAAUGAUUUCAGCAUAACCAGUAUCACAAUUUGGAGCAGCUUGUAUUUAGAGCCCUAAAACUGCAUGAAUCAUUGUUUUGAUCACUGUAGGUAUGUCUACGCUGCACUUAGACACCAGCAGGCUUGGGUUCUCAAAGCUUGGACUAGGGGCUUUUUGGCUUGGGCUGGACAUUCCCAUCUCACAGGGUCCUGGAGUCCCAACAUCAUUCUGUACCGCAGUUAAACAGUUCCUUAGUGCAAGCUGUGCAAGCCCAAGUCAACACAGCCAUGGGUUUUCAGUUGCUGUUUAGCCACAGCUGUGAGUGAUGGUUUGGCCAAAGAAUGUGGUGCAGGACAGCUGGCUGCUGUACAUGGUGGCGUGUGUAUGUUGCUUAAGGUGUCAGGACAUUCUAGCUUGGAACCUCUUACUUGAAAGAAAAUUAGUAAAAACAUAAGAGGAAGUGGUGGGGGAGGUAGGACAGUUACUGGAAAGCUCAAGCAGAGGGUUAAGAACAAGAGGUCAUCAACCGGAAGGGCAGUUAAUGUAUAAGAGAUGCAUCCUUUUGGUGUUUGUGCUUCAGACUGGGAGCUGGAGACUGAGCUGCCAAUUCUGGCUUCACAUUAACUAGCUUGGCCUGUUUUCCACAAUCUUAUCUCAUGUUCUGGUUUCCUAACCCCCAGACACAGGAUUAAAAUAAGCUUUAAGAUGAGCAGCGACCUACAUAUCUGGCUCAUAGUGAGGUAAUUGGGAGACAUAAUAUAAGAGGAUGAAAUGUGUUUUGGUCAGAUAGUGUUCAGCAGAGAUGCUUUUAAAAUAAUUAGUGGGCUUGGUCUGUACCCACCUGCUUCUGCCAGUUUGUCAAUUGGGCCUAGUGAUGUGCUACGUUGCAGAGGGAGAGGCUUUGUUAAUUCCCUGCCAAGCUGCCUGCCUUUGUGGCUUAGCUGGUGUAACUUACUGCUGUGCUAGUAGGGGAGAGGAGAGGCUGCACAUUACUGAGGAAACACAUCAGUUUUGCAGGGGGUUGGAGAAGUGAAGAGAACGUUAGGAAGAUCAGGUCUGUGGAGAGAUGCCGUCCGACGUAACGGAAUCCUCCGAGGGAGUAGAUGAGACUGAGAAUGUUCACUAUGAGGAAACGGAAGAGGACAAUGAUGUCAGUCCCACUGACCUCUCAGAGAUGCUGAAGGAGGGAACCAAAGAGUCUCAUGAUCGUGCAGAGAACACUCAGUUUGUCAAAGACUUCCUGAAAGGACGGAUCAAAAAGGAACUCUUUAAGCUGGCUACUGUGGCACUUUACUAUACAUACUCUGCCUUGGAAGAGGAAAUGGACCGCAACAAGGACCACCCUUCAUUUGCCCCUUUGUACUUCCCUCAAGAGCUUCAUCGGAAGGAGGCAUUGGCUAAAGACAUGGAGUAUUUCUAUGGGGAAAACUGGAAAGAGAAGAUCCAGUGUUCAGAGGCAACGCAGUGUUAUGUAGACAGAAUCCAUCAUGUUGGACAGUAUGAGCCAGAGCUGCUGGCAGCCCAUGCCUACACCCGAUACAUGGGGGACCUUUCUGGGGGCCAGGUACUCAAGAAAGUAGCCCAGAGGGCCCUGAAGCUGCCCAGUUCUGGGGAAGGGAUCCAGUUCUAUGUGUUCGACAACGUUUCCAAUGCGCAGCAAUUCAAGCAGUUCUACAGAGCCAGGAUAAAUGCCCUGGACUUGGACAAGAAAACCAAGGAGAGGAUUGUGGAAGAAGCUAAUAAGGCAUUUGAAUUCAACAUGCAGGUAUUUGAUGAAUUGGACAAAGUUGGGGCAUUACUAACAGAAGAGGCCCAGGAUGGAGGGUUCCCAGUGCAUGAUGGAAAAGGAGACCUGCGGAAGUGCCCAUACUAUGCCACAAAACUAGCAGGCACAGGGGACCCUGGCUGCCCGUAUCACAUUGCCAUGGCUUUGCUGAAGCAGCCCACCAUGCAGUGUGUCCUUGCUGCUUGUAUUGCCCUGGCUGCAGGUGUGGCAGCCUGGUAUGUGUUAUGAUGGAUGAACGCUAGUUGGUGUUAUCCCACAUUCACACAAGAAGAUGAACACUUUCUAGGACUGUUCCUCUGCUACUGGUGGAGUUUUUGAUACAAGAUUUAAUUGAAUAAUAAAGCAGAAUCUGCAGGGAAUGCCUAGGACUAUUUGCAUACAAAUAACACAUACUGCAUGGUAACACACCUAGUAAUUUAUAUAAUUACCCAGCAAGGUUCUGAGCUGUUGACUACAAUUCCUGCACUAAAGUUAGGACCUACACCAGGCAGUUGUGGAGCUAAAGUCAGGGGAUGGCUUUAGCCAACUCUUCAUUUACCUGAACAGGCUGGUGUUUUCUCCCCAGCUGUCUGAUUGUGUUCCUUGCCCCUUUCAGCACAGUAAGGCUCUUCAUAUGCAGCUAGGCACUCAGCCUGUGACAGAGCAGGCUUAAAUCGGGUGUUGCGCUUUGUCCUCCACAAGGAGAAGGUGGUGGGGAAUUCAGACUGCUCCAGACACAGCUCCUAUAGCUGAUGCUUUGCUUAUGGUCUCAGUAGCUCCAAAGGCAGAAUAACUUGCUGCUCAGGUUGCAGUGGCCCCUAGGUUCAAAAUCACUUUUAUGAAUUGGGGCCCUUUUGCCCUGGCAUGUAGCAAUUGCUGAGCAAACUGUUCCUCAAAGGUGGGUGGGGAGCAAGUCCUUGUAUAUUAAAGUUAAUGGUUAAUUUUCAUGUAACUUAUAUUGUGAUAAAUCUUUGACCUAAUAAAGUUUAUACUCUGAA